CGCCUUCUCUUUGUUGAGCUUCGGGGGUUGGGCGCCAUUUUGCGCGGCGGCUGAGUGGGGGCGCUGAUUGGGUUGCGGGGACCGGUGGCGGAGCCAGUCAGAGCGGGACCCGAACCGGGGGAGCAAGGCACGGUUUCUGCGGAUUGGAUAAAGAAUUGACACAGAAAAAUAUGGAGCAGUACACCACAAACAGCAGUAGCUCAACAGAACAGAUAGUUGUGCAAGCUGGACAGAUACAACAACAGCAGCAGGGUGGUGUGACUGCUGUCCAGUUGCAGACUGAGGCUCAGGUGGCAUCUGCCUCAGGCCAGCAAGUUCAGACCCUCCAGGUAGUCCAGGGUCAGCCACUGAUGGUACAAGUGAGUGGAGGACAGCUAAUCACAUCAACUGGUCAACCAAUUAUGGUACAGGCUGUACCUGGAAGUCAAGGUCAGACCAUUAUGCAGGUCCCAGUUUCAGGAUCACAGGGACUUCAGCAGAUUCAGUUGGUCCAGCCUAGUCAGAUUCAGAUUCAAGGUGGGCAAGCUGUACAAGUUCAGGGCCAGCAGGGCCAGACACAGCAAAUCAUCAUCCAGCAGCCACAGACAGCAGUAACUGCUGGUCAAACACAGACCCAGCCACAGAUUGCAGUCCAAGGACAGCAGGUAGCUCAGACAGCAGAAGGUCAGACAAUUGUCUAUCAACCAGUUAAUGCUGAUGGAACAAUUCUUCAACAAGUUACAGUCCCUGUUACAGGCAUGAUCACCAUCCCAGCAGCCAGUUUGGCUGGAGCACAGAUAGUUCAGACUGGAGCCAACACCAAUACAACUAGCAGUGGACAAGGGACAGUAACAGUGACUCUGCCUGUUGCUGGAAAUGUGGUUAACUCUGGUGGAAUGGUCAUGAUGGUCCCAGGUGCUGGAUCAGUGCCAGCUAUCCAAAGGAUACCUUUGCCUGGAGCCGAGAUGCUGGAGGAAGAGCCCCUGUACGUGAAUGCAAAACAGUAUCACCGGAUUCUGAAGAGAAGACAAGCAAGAGCCAAGCUGGAAGCAGAAGGAAAAAUACCUAAAGAGAGACGGAAAUAUCUUCAUGAGUCCCGACAUCGACAUGCAAUGGCAAGGAAACGAGGAGAAGGUGGACGUUUCUUUUCUCCAAAAGAAAAAGAUAGUCCCCAUAUGCAGGAUCCUAGCCAGGCAAAUGAAGAAGCUAUGACACAGAUGAUUAGAGUAUCCUAACAACCAACUAAAUAACAAAACAUCUGGACAAAUAUCUUGUGUCUCUGCAAUUGUUCCCUCUCCUUCCUAUCAAAUCAACUUCUGAAUGGGAAAAUUUGCUAUAUGCACAACCUUGUUCUUUUUCAGAACAAAUACUACACUCGCAGUGAGUGAUUUGUUUUACAUGCAGUGGACUCGAUCAACUGAAAUACUAAUGGACUGUCCAUUCACCCUUCUUAGACCCGGGAUUGAAAAGUCUGGCUCGAGGGGCCUUUAACAUUCUUGGCAGGACAAUGGCCCAGCUUGAAACUGCCACUGCCUUAGCAAUAACUGAUUUGUUGACAUAGGACAGCUAUACCAUGUGAAAACCAUGGGAUUUGAACCACACAGAAAUACUCAUGCUUGGAACAGCUAGAGUUGACAUGUUCUGUUUUCUCAGUGUGAUUUUUCUGGUCUCUCACAGACUCCACUUUUUAUUAGAAUUGUUAUUACUUUCUGGCAGCAUAACUUUCUAUUGUUGAAGCAUAAUCUCUCAUAAAAUCUUGACAAGAUGCUGAAAGUUUUCUUUGAAAUACUGCCCACCAUGUAUCCAUCUGGGACAAAAUUAAUCUCUUCUCUCAAAAGUAUUAGGAAAGUUAGUUGUAAAGCCUUAGGAAAUGUAAGCUUAUUCCAGUGGCUAAAGAGAUUGCAUACUUGCACAGGGAAUGGCCAUGAGGGAUAGGGAGUGAGCUGAUUUUGUGGCUAGCAAAAUGUUUUGUAAUUGAAUUGUGCUUUUGAGUUAAAGGUCACUAACUUGCUCUCCUAAAAACUGGUUAUGCAGGCUGUGGAUGUCUCCAGUUAUGCAGACCAAUCCUCUGCCUGGAUCCAUUGAUUUUCUGUGAUCAAAGGAUUAUAUGCAGUACUGAACUGUGAACUUCGGUCAGUAUGUAAGGACCAUAUCAUUCCUCUAACCAAACCAUAACUCUGUAUAUGCUGUCAAAGUUCAGGCUGUUUUGAAUAUGAAAAUAUGAACUGUCGUUUCAAAUUUUAUAUAUAAUGCACUUUGUAAAUCUAGCAUUUAAUUCAGAAUCCAUUUUUUCCUGUUGUGAAGAGCUUUUUCUUCCCCUUGGUCCUGUCCAUAAUAGGUUUAUGAUUUGUCCUUAUGCAAAAAGGCAAAACCAUGUUUGUUUUUUGCAAUCUCACUUGAUCAUUCAGAUUUUGACAUCAGAUCUGAGAUUCAUUCUGUCAAGUAUCGCCUUGUUUCCUUUAUAUCUCUUUCAUUACUUAUUUCAGUAAAUGCCAAGAGGUCUGCUUUUGUAUGUUCAUGGGCUUCUGUUCAGCCCUUCAGUUGCUCAGCAAAACUGAGAAUGGAGGAGUAUUGGAGCAGGUCUGUUAUGGAAAACAGUGCAGUGAGUUUCACACAAGUGCUGCAUAUAAAAAGUAGCCUGGAAGUUGACUUAAUCUUGUUAUGGCUUGGAGAAGUCUGCCUUCACAUAAUUCCUUUUUUAUUAUUUGAAAUCGAAAACAGUUCAGGAGGCGAUGAAGAGAGUGUGUGUAAAUGCAAAUUAUUGCUACAUGAAAAAUUCAAACAGCUGACAUUCAACAGUGAUGCAAACCUUUGGAAUUAGUUUUACCAAAUUUCAACUUGAAGUUGGGUGUGAACCGAAUUUUAUGCAAUUGCUGGUCACAUGCAGUUCAGUGCUCCAACUUAAGCUCUUGGCAGCAAAGAGAGAUUUGUUUCAUUUGGUAUCUGUAAAGUCCUGUUUAAGCCUGCAUUGUAGGUUGUACAUUUAUAAAUCUGUUUGUUUUCUUCAGUCUUUCUGUUCUUUCCUUUACAUUGUCAUUAUACUGGGUAUCUGAUUAUUGUGUUGUUCUUCAGCUGGCUGCUUCAACAUGUAGCAUUUCUCUUCACUGAUUUAAAUAAUAAAUAUCUGAUUGGGAUUUAAGUGAUGGCAUUAGUGAAGGAACAAUGAAUGCUUUGGUGGGGGGGGGGAUUUUCUUUUUUACCAUUGCUGUAUAUUGGCCUUCCUACACCAUGUGCCCUCCAGAUGUAUUGGGUCCACAGCUCCCACAGUUCUCAUUGACAAUACCCAAAGGCCAUGCUUUCUGGGAAUUCUUGGGAUUCUGGUCCCAAAAUAUCUGUAGGACAUCAAAUUCGGGGAGGUUGCUGUAAAUAUUAAAAGCAUUGAUGCAUUCUGAAAUAAUGCUGAGUGAGGGGAAGAUACAAUAUAGUUUGGGUUAGAGAUUUUUCUCCCCAUAAAUUCCUCUUUUCAGCUGUCAUUUUAUUACUACAUACUGGGGUAUUAAGAGAAUCAAUGUUCUCCUAAUUCUUAUAUAUAUUUAAAACUUAACAAUACAUUUGCAACUUAAAACUAUCUAACCAUUGCAACCUUUCCAUUCAUUGAAAAAUACAAACAAACAAAAUCGGUCUUUGUGAUAUCUGUAUGUAGAUGAUGCAGAAACCUAUUUAAUUUUUGGUCUUUAGAAAAUUCCUAUAGUUAGAUUUUUUUUUUCUGUAAUGGUGAAAAUUACCUGAUAGAAUCUAUUAUUCCAAUGCUUAAAUUUCAUGUGUGUAAGACAAAUUUAUUUCAAACUGUUUUUUAAUCUUGGGAAUCUCAAACUACAAGAUGAUGCAAAAUGUUUUGUUCUCAAUUAAAAAUUAAAGUAGAGGUAAUACCAAAUGUAAAUUCUUAAAUAGAAGUGAAACGUCAGACCAUGAAAUGCUUAAUUGGGAGUAGAUUUAAGGAUAAAGCUGUAGUUGGUUUGAGGAAAGUGAAUUCUUCUUUUGAAUUAGAAAGCACUGGAACAUGAGCGUAUAUAAAGCGGCUUGAUACUUAGGGGUGGAAUAAUAACCCCCAAGUGAUGCUUUUUCCAAUAUUUUGCAUGUAAAAAUCCUUUUUUUUUUU